AUGCUACACCUGGUCUGCCUAGCUUUACUGUGUCAUGUUGCCCGUGGUCUCCCAACCCAGGCAAGCCAUAAUGCACAACCAGUGAUCAACCUCGGCUAUGCCAGAUAUCAAGGUGUGCGUCUCGAAGCUGGAGUUGACGAGUUUCUUGGGAUGCGCUAUGCAUCUCCGCCUAUCGGUGACCUGAGAUUUCGAGCGCCCCAAGAUCCGCCUGCAAACCAGACGCUACAAAGUGCCACGGAGUACGGGCCAAUUUGCAUUGGCCUAGACGAGGCAGAGUCGCCUGGCGACAUCAGCGAGGACUGUCUGUUUAUCAAUGUUUUCAAGCCAUCCACAGCCACAUCUCAAUCAAAACUACCUGUUUGGCUCUUCAUACAGGGUGGGGGCUACGCAGAGAAUUCCAAUGCCAAUUACAACGGAACUCAAGUCAUCCAAGCAUCUGAUGACGCCAUCGUAUUUGUAACAUUCAAUUAUCGUGUUGGUGCCCUGGGCUUUCUGGCCAGUGAGAAAGUGAGACAAAGCGGGGACCUAAAUGCCGGUCUGCUAGACCAGCGCAAAGCCCUCAGAUGGGUCAAACAAUACAUCGAACAGUUUGGGGGAGACCCCGACCACAUCGUGAUUCAUGGGGUAUCGGCGGGUGCUGGCUCCGUUGCCUACCAUCUAUCCGCUUAUGGUGGGAAGGACGAAGGGUUAUUCAUUGGUGCCAUCGUCGAGUCGUCUUUUUGGCCUACCCAGCGAACAGUGUCAGAGAUGGAGUUUCAGUUCGAACGGUUCGUCAAUGAUACCGGUUGCUCUUCUGCUCGUGAUUCCCUUGAGUGCCUGCGAGAACAAGACAUCGCAACCAUUCAGAAAGGGAAUACCGCGUCUCCCUUUCCAGGGGGAAGUAGCUCUCCACUACCGGACUGGUACUUCCUCCCUGUUACCGAUGGCAGUCUAGUCCCGGACGAGUUGUACAACGCUUUCGACGCAGGCAACUUCAUCAAGGUUCCCGUCUUGGUGGGCGACGAUACCGACGAAGGCUCUAACUUCGCCUACAACGCCAGUAGUAGCGCCGACGUGUCGCGCUUCUUCAAGAACAAUUAUCCGAAUCUAACUUCCCAGCAACUCAACGAAAUCAAUCAGGUUUAUCCUCGCGGCAAAUUGUUACCACGGCACGCAGCAUACUUUGGUGCUUCCUCCGCAGCAUACGGAGACGCAACAUUUACUUGUCCUGGAAAUCAUGUAGCGUCAUCAGCUGCCAGAUACUUACCGAACUCAGUGUGGAACUACCGGGUCAACAUCAUCGAUGAAUCAAAUAUUGCUGGUGGCAUCGGUGUCCCGCACACGUUCGAGCUACCCGCGAUUUUCGGAGCAGGGUCAACCGGCACUCUAAGCAGCGACUCGUCGUAUCUAACUUAUAAUGCAGCUAUAAUCCCCGUUACGAUGCAUUACUUCAUCAGCUUUGUCCAGACACUGAAUCCUAAUACGUAUCGAUACGCAACAGCGCCGGAAUGGAAUACGUGGGGGAAUGGGCAGCGUCUCCGGCUGCAGACUAACGAUACUGCAAUGGAAGCAGUGCCAGAGAGCUCGGUUCAGGAUUGUGCGUUUUGGAAAAGCCUAAGCGUGCCAAUGGAGGACCUGACCACACGAGAAUGGAUCAAUGCUUUAAUUGAACCUGGCCAUCUUCUCGUCUGGGCCCUGCGCUAUUACGUCAAAGUCAAUCUUGAGACCGUCUUUUGCAAAGGACAAAUCUUCGCCCCUCUACUCCAUCAAAGCAGAUUGCGUGAUGAGGCAUUCGGCAAAUUUUGGGUAGCUUUCAGCACAUACCUCCAAGCAAACGCCCCACCACCAGCUACCCAACCCCCAGAUCAAAUCAUCCGCUCCUCAGAUCUAAUCCCGGUCCUCCUCUCCCGCGCCUCGGGCACCGUCCUCGACGUCGGCCCUGGCACAGGUACCCAAAUGCCCCUCCUCCGCUCCCCAGCCAUCAAGACCAUUUACGGCGCGGAGCCCUGUCACGGCCUGCACGCCGAACUGCGCGCCAGCGCCACCUCCCAAGGUCUAGAGGACAAAUACAACAUCCUCCCCUGUGGCGUAGAAUCCGCAGAUCUUAUCCCUGCGCUUCAAAAACAAGGCCUUCUCAAAACCGACACUUCAGACGUGCCUUCCAUCCUUGAGAACCUGUCCACAACUAAGGAAGGCGUAUUCGAUACCAUCGUCUGCGUGCGCGUCUUGUGCUCGGUCCCUGACAUGCGUCGCACCGUCCAGGACCUGUACACCCUCCUCCGACCAGGCGGGAAGAUGCUCGUCGUCGAGCAUGUAGUUAACCCAUGGCGGACGCCUAAGGGGUCCGUGAUCGCGAGAUUGGUCCAGGCAUUUUAUGGAUUCUUGGGCUGGAGUUGGUAUAUGGGUAACUGCUGUAUGAAUCGGGAUACCACGUCGGCGUUGAAGCAUGCGGCAGAUCGGGAUGGUGGGUGGGAGUCGGUUGAAUUGGAUAGCUGGUUUGAGAGUACCCCGAUGCCGUAUGUGGCGGGCAUCUUGACGAAGAAGGGAGGGGUAAACUAG